UUUCAGUUUCCGGAUAACUUCGCUUUUCUUCACUUUAACGGUCAGCUGUUAUCCUCCUCUUAUUUCGAGCAAACAGGAAGAGAUGCCUCUGGUAACGUUAUGUAGAAAACCAUGGCAUUAACCAAGCAAGCUGACAAGCCCACGUAUUUAUGAACCGAAAUAUGUUCAAGAGCAAUGGCUACUUACAACACGCUGCAGGACCGAAUCAGAGUAGCCAAGGAGCUGCUUGAGCGAGUGGACAAGAUCUGCAGUCGCCAGGGCCGUGAGGUUGAGGGUCGUGCUAAACUGUGCAGCAAGCUCCGGGCCGAGCUCAAGUUCCUGCAGAAGGUGGAGGCGGGCAAAGUUGUGAUCAAGGAGUCCCACCUGCAGAGUACCAAUCUCACUCACCUGAGGGCCAUCGUCGAAUCGGCCGAGAAUUUAGAGAAAGUGGUGAGCGUCCUGCAUGUGUUCGCCUACGAGGGCCCAGACGGCCAGAAACAAACGUUGGUGGUCGACGUGGUAGCGAACGGGGGACACACUUGGGUGAAAGCCAUCGGGCGCAAAGCAGAGGCGCUGCACAACAUCUGGCAAGGCCGGGGCCAGUACGGGGAUAAAAGCGUGAUACGACAAGCGGAAGACUUCCUUGAGGCCAGUCGGCAGCAGCCUGUGCAGUACAGCAACCCUCACAUCAUAUUCGCCUUCUACAAUGGGGUCUCGAGCCCUAUGGCUGACAAGCUCAAAGAGAUGGGCAUCUCCGUGAGAGGUGACAUUGUAGCUGUUAAUACCGUGAUCGAAGGGGAGGAAGAGGAAGAAGAUGGUGAAGACAAGCAUGGCUGUGUGGAAGAGGACCAGGAGGGAGAGAAUGAAGCGUUGGCUGAGGAGGAGGAAGAGGAUGAUGAUUAUGAUGAAGACGACGCUGACGAUACAGACCUCACGCACACCCGCGUUGAUCGAGACACCGUCGUGGCCAGCCUCGCCUUCCCCACUGAAGUGAAGGUGGAUGUCUGCAACAGGGUGAACCUUGACAUCACCACUUUGAUCACGUAUGUGUCCUCCCUCAGCCACGGCAACUGUCACUUCACUUUUAAGGAAGUGGUGCUGACGGAGCAGGCUGCGCAGGAGCGCCAAGACAAGGUCCUGCCCCGGCUGGACGAGUUCAUGAAGGGUAAAGAGCUGUUUGCUUGCCACUCUGCGGUGGAGGACUUCCGUGUGAUCCUGGAUACGUUAGGAGGCCCGGGAGAAAAAUCCCGAGCGGAGGAGCUGCUAGCCAGGCUCAAAGUGGUUCCGGAUCAGCCGUCUGAGCGCACGCAACGCUUGGUCACGAGCUCAAAGGUGAACCGUAGAUCGCUGAUGAUCUUUGGGACGGGGGACACCCUGAGGGCCAUCACCAUGACUGCGAAUAGCGGAUUCGUCCGUGCUGCUGCUAACCAGAGCGUGCGUUACAGCGUUUUCAUCCACCAACCCCGCGCUCUCACUGAGGGGAAAGAAUGGAGAGCCACUCCGAUAUGACUGAUAGGUGUCAGGAGACAUCGACAGAGAUGUACUGUAUGAGGAUGCUUAGAGCUAUAUAUGAUGCUUAAAACCAGACACUUGUAAGAGGCACUAUUGUAUCGUCGCAAAUAAAUUGCACGGCUGGUUGGAUACAGACACUCAGCAAACUUUAUGUAAACUCAGUGAGCUCAGUGCCUCAGAUGCAGCAUUUCAAUGCAAAGCCAGCAGAGAUGUCAAAUUAACCAAAUCAAAAAUACGGUUUCAAAAAAGUGUUUAAACAGAGGCAUAUACUUUUGAUGUCAAAUCUCUCUACUACAUGCCUCAGGGUUAUUUUAGUUUUCAAUUUCCGUUUCUUUUCACAAACCUGAUUUUUCUUAGUUAAUCGUGUUACGUGCAUUUUCACCAGAGUACCAAAUAAACACUCUUCAAAUGGCUUUACCUCAUGAA